AUGGAAGAGAUGCCUAGACUCGUGGCCGCGCAGAUUGACAUCGACAUUCACAAUGACGCCGCUUACGCGCCAUGGGCGGAACCACACUGCGCCCUCGGCGAGGGUCCGUUCUACGAGGCUGAGACGGACUCGCUGCGCCUCGUCGACAUCAAAAAGAAGCAGAUUCUCUACUUUCGCAACGUCAGCGCGCCGGAGAACAAGACGGCCGCUGCCGCGCCGCCCGAGGUCGUGCAGCUCGACGUGUGUCCGACCGUCACGGCCGACGUGCACGGCCUAGACCCCCGCGACCGCAUUGUUGUCGGCGUCAAGCACGGCCUGGCGAUUCUCGAUGUGCGCGGCGGCCGCGGCCAGUACGAGAUGCUGGUGCCGUUUCACGAACCGCCCAAUGAGCGCCUGCGCGCCAACGACGGCUGCGCGGAUCCGUUGGGGCGGUUUCUGCUGGGCACCAUGACAGAUUUCGGCCUGGGUUCGUUUCAGCCUGAAGGCGGCCUCUUCCUCUUGACGCGCGAAUCGGCCCAGGAAAUCAUCCCGGGGCUCACCAUCCCCAACGGCGUAGGCUGGUCGCCGGACCUGCGCACCAUGUACGUGACGCACUCGACGGAGCGCGCGCUCCUCGCCUUUGACUACGAUGCGUCCACGGGCGCCAUGAGUGGCGACGCCGGCGGCAGCAGCGGCCGCCUGCACCGCCGCCACACCGGCCCUGCCGAACCCGACGGCCUGCGCGUCGACGCCGACGGGCACGUCUGGCAAGCGCUCUACGGAGAGGGCGCGGUCCUGCGCGUCGACGGACGCUCAGGCGCGGUCCUGGGGCGUGUGACGAUUCCUACCAAGAACGCCACCUGCGUGCAAUUUGUCGGCGAGGACCUCUUCAUCACCACGGCCGCUGACGAAGACGGCGGGACGGCCGAGACAGAGAGCAGGAGGCUGGGCGGCGCCAUUUUCAGGGUGCACGUCGGCGUGGGGGGCAUGGAGCCGUUCAAGUUCAGAUUGUAA